AUGCGUCGAGCCAGAGAUGGCUACCCAUAUCAGCCCAUACCCAGGGCCCCCACAGACGACGUGCUUGAACACGAAAAUGAAAGAAUGGCUGGAGAGCUAGGUGAUAAAAUCUCUACAUUAAAACAUAUGUCGAUAGAAAUCGGCAAUGAGGUUCGAUAUCAAGAUAAAAUAUUAAGAGGAUUGGAUGAUGAUGUAGACAGAAGCUCCGGCUUUCUUGGAAAAACUAUGGGAAGAGUACUCAAACUGGGAAAAGGGAACCACAACUAUUACAUAGUAUAUUUAUUCCUCUUUUCUAUCUUCGUAUUUUUCUUACUUUAUGUAGUUUUAAAAUUUAGGUGAUUUAUUGUAUUGAGAAUUUAUUUCAGUACUUUAUGGUUGCAGACAUUGUGGGUUUAUGUAAAUAGUACUUUUUGAUCUAGGAAUAUUCAUGUUAUAUUUAUAUUGUAUUAAUUAUAAUUAACCUUGAAUAAAUGUAAUUUGAUUUCAUUAUUA